AUCAACGCUCCGAUCAUCGCUCCCGGAAUCUUAACCGCACCUUCUCCUUCUUCCGGCGGACUCAGCAACAUCACCGGACUUCUCGAGAAAGCCGGUUGUAAAACCUUCGCGGGUUUGCUCGUUUCGAGUGGUGUACUCAAAACAUACGUAUCCACCGUUGAAAAAGGCUUGACUGUUUUUGCACCGUCCGAUGAAGCUUUUAAAGCGAAAGGUGUACCAGAUCUGACGAAGCUCACGCAAGCUGAGGUGGUCUCGCUCCUAGAGUAUCACGCCCUCGCUGAGUACAAACCUAAAGGCUCAUUAAAGACUAACAAAGACGCUAUCUCCACGUUAGCCACUAACGGCGCCGGUAAAUACGAUUUAACGACGUCAACUUCCGGCGACGAGGUUAUCCUUCACACCGGCGUUGGUCCGUCGAGACUCGCCGACACGGUCGUCGAUGAGA